CAGCAGAUGCAGGAGGAGGGCGUUCCUCUAAAGAAAAUCUGAUCCCACAGCUGGACCGGUUCUAUUCUCACACUUCUCUGGUCCGGAUCACCCCCCCACCUGGACCGGGCCUGUGCUGGGUGUGUGAGCCGCCUGCUGCGCACCAGGGCCGGGGACAGGAGGCCGCAGGAGACCGGGACAUCGGGCUGAGGACAUGGAGGCUGCGACCGAGCUGUAGCACGGAGCCUCGCUGCUCCUCCUCCCGAAUGGACCCUGCUCAAGUCGGAGGGGAUAUGUCACCUCUGUAUGUGCCAAGAAAAAGAAAGUCAGCCCAGUCCCAUCUUAAAGGUGGAACACCAUGUCCAGUUGUUCAGCGGAUGCCGGAGAGAGUCUGUGAAUCGAAUGCAGGUGGAUACACAAAGGAUGACGAGUCUCAAGCCCACGGUUCCCUGAAGAUGAAACGGACGUACGGUAGGAAAAGGUACGAGGACCUCCAGAGUGUUUCCAUGGGAACAGUAGAUUACCCAAUCCCCAGCUGCUCAGUGAUGUCAUCAGGUGACCUGGCCAAUGGGGUGGACCCAGGCUCCCUGGUUCCACCCAGGCUCCCUCCGAGACUGGUGGCGAAGGAGGCGUGGCCUCAAGGCCCCGAAGCCUGUAGGGAGCAGUCCCAGCCUCAGGACCAGAGCUGGAACUCCCGGGAAAGAGGCCCCAACGCCUGGGCCCCGGUUCGAGACCGACCCCAGGAGCAGGUGUGGAACUCUGGCAGACAGCGAGCAGGACACUCGUGUCCAGACCAGACAUGGAUGUCAGGCAGUGACAGAGCUCAUGGGGGACAGGAGCAGGCCUGGAUGACGGGUCAGGACCGGGGGCCUGAGCAGGGCUGGGCAGCCGGCAGAGACCGAGGCCAGGAUCAGGCCUGGAACGCCGGCAGGGAUCCAGGAAGAGAGCAGGCCUCCUCGGGGCCGGAGCCGGCGUGGGGAUCCGGACGAAACCAAGACCAAGGCUGGAGCAACACGAGCAGAGACAGAGGACACAUCUGGAGACCAGAGCUGAACAUGAAGAAGGUCCAGAGAGCAGAGACGGAGCCGCCACCAGAGACCAGAGACUCCUGUUCAGUCGCAGCCAGCCGUGAAGCCUCCACAUCUCAGUCCAGUGAGGAUCACAAACCUCCAGUUGUCUCCAAUAAGAAGGAGCCUCCUACCUACGCUCCAGGAAGUCCAGAAGAGCGCUGGCAGCUCCAGAUCGUGGCCAAAGGCAGAGUCACCUGUCCCAAAUGUAAGAGUGUGAGCAGGAAGACGGUGGAGGGGCUGAAGAAGCACAUGGAGAACUGCCGACUGCAACCGUUCACCUGUCAACACUGUGGGAAACAGCUGAAGUCUUCCACUGGGAUGAAGUACCACGUCAUGGCUGACCACAGCCACCUGCCUUCAGCAGAAGAAGCCAAGGACCUGGACGACCGCACCAUUAAAGACAAACUGCGCAAAAUCCUGAAGAGACUGGGAAAAUUAAAAUGCUCCAAAGAGGGCUGUACUGCUGCGUUCACCAGCAUCAUGGGCUACGUCUACCACAUGAAGAAGUGUGGGAAGGAGGAGUCUGAGCUGGAGAAGCUGUUGCUGAACUGUUCUCACUGUGGGAAGACUUACAAAUCCAAGGCUGGUCUUGAAUACCACCUUAAAUCAGAGCACGCUCCUACGCCCCAAAAGACCGAGGAAGACGAGGCUCUGAAGGCCCAGAGGGAGGCCAACCCGGAGAGGACGCCGAGCGGCCGGGUGCAGCGGGCCUCCGCUCAGGUGGCCAACUUCCACUUGGCUGAAAUCGCCAGCAACGACCUCCCCAAAGACUGGCCCAAGAGGAAGUUCCAGUGCGACCUGGUGCCCGACGACAAGAAGUUGAAAUACGCCCGACCAGGCCUCCCUGCCUUCAGCCAGGAGGUGCUGAGGAAGUGGAGGAACGAGGUGAAGCUGCAGAGGAAAGUCCACUGUCCCAACCAGGGUUGUGGCAGCACCUACACCAGUGUGUCUGGGCUGAAGGCUCAUCUGGGCCUGUGCACCAGGGGCGACUUUGAAGCUGGAAAAUACAGAUGUCUCAUCUGCAACAAAGAGUUUAACUCUGAGAGUGGAGUGAAAUAUCACAUCAACUCCAUCCAUUCACAGGACUGGUUUGUGACGAACAAGAAGGCUUCCAAGACGUUUGAGAAGUUCGUGAAAAACCAGCACAAGGAGUUAAUCCAUAACGUGGACAAGCAGAUUGUGGAUCAGUAUCACCAACACCACCUCCAACAUCACACUCACGUCCAUUGCCCCCAUCACCAUCACCAUCACCAGCAGCAGCAGCAGCAGCAUCUCCAGCUCCAGCCCAUGCAGCACCCUCUGCAGCCGCUGCAUCACCUCCAGCACCAAACCCAGCUCCUCCAUCCAGAGCACCAGAACCUCCCCAUGCAGGCGGACGCCCAGCUGCAGCCCAUCCUGCAGUACACCCCUCUGGAGCCUCCUGCGGGACCGCUGUGGGUGGACAUGGACCGGAGAGGAGUCGUGCACGGGUCGGAGCUGGCCCCGCUCCAGAUGGAGGUGGAUGCAGAAGACAAACCAGCAGAGGACGGCAGGGAGAUGGUGGAGGGACGAGAGAAGGGAGAGGGGGAAGGCUGACGGGAAGAGGAGGGAUUGCUUUGGGUUCGGUAGAGGUGGAGGCUUCAGCAGCUCGUCCGGCGAAUUGGAGGGCGAGCGGCAGGAGAGGCAAAGACAGGUGGAGCAGUGGAUUCUGAAAGGGCCGGGGGUCAUGGAGCUGCACCCUGAGGCCGGGAAGCAACAACAUGGAACUUAAAGACGACCCUGAAAACCAAACUUCCCUUCGUGGUCAUCAAACGCUAUCGUGCACCGGAACUACAACAGAGGUAGGAAGAGACACCAUCUAAAGUCUGUCCACAUUUUAUUAGACAGUUUUCCUCAAGACAGAGCAGCUAACGACAGAGCUGCACUUCUUGAGAAAGCCUUUCACUGAUGAUUGGAAGGAAAACCUCAAGGUGUCACCUUGGAUGGAGACUCCAUGUUUCUCUGUAUCGAAAUCUUUGUUGACGUAACGCUAAGAGAAGUCGUAGUUCUGCUGUUUAUCUGUGUUUGUAUGUUACAGAUUCUUAAACGUGUCUUAUACUUUUUACAAAGGUUUGAUAAACUGACUCUUUGUCUUUUACGUUUACCGGAAAGGGAAGACGUUGCUCUAACUUGAAGAGAGGAUGCUUCGGUAUUUUUGUUGAACUGGUCCGGUCGUUCUCUGUCUGAAAACAUUUGUGCCUCUUGAAUAUUAUUUAUAACUUCACACGAUUAUCAUUAUCAUCAUCACGUUGAAUCUGAGCUGAUCUAAAAGCCUUUUCUGGUCUAGAUAAUGUUGGAAGUCAAAGAGGAUCAGUUCGACCUUUUCUCCUCAUUUACAUCUGUGGGAACAAAUGUCUGCUGGCGACUGAAAUAGGCAAAAAAAAGUUUCUCUAAAAGGUUUCCGUCAAGCUUUGUGUUUGACAAACAAAACAAAAAUAAAAGUUAGUAAGUUUUGUAUAAUAUCGACAAAGAAAAUAAUUAAAUCUGAUGUUUUUAUUAUUUAUCGUUAAGCUAGAAAACUUCUGACAUCUAGAAUUGUCAAAUCAAUAACCAAAAUAAUCACCUGACUGAAUACUGCGAUGGAUUUAAUAAAUUGAUCUUAUUUGUUUCAGUUAGGAUAGAAGUUUAACGUUUAAUUGUGUAAAUCGUUUUAAACCUUCCAAGUGUUUUACACUAAACAAACUUCCAUCAGCAGGGGAACAAAGAAAGCACAGAAACAUAAUAAUAAUAAGAAUAAAGACUCAUCGAUGUGUCACAGUGAAGGGACGACGUCAGAGAAGUAGAUUUAUUAAUUUUCACAGUGUAGCCCGAGUCCUCUUCACCUCAGACAAGUGAACCGUGCUGAAGGAAAAGCAUUUAACAUGGAGCGUUCAAACACCAAAUAUUUAGCCAAUAGCAUGUAGCCUAAUGUUUAUAUACUCUAUCUACAAUAGUGCUUAUGGAUGGUUAAUUUGUUUGACUCUAUUUUUGUAUUUUUCUUUUCACAUUUCAUGAAUGUUUUAGAUUCUUAGUUUCUCUCCUGAUCUGUUCUUUAGUUUCCUUUACAAACAACAAUGAUUCUUCCCUUUAAUCUGUGAAUCUGUCUUAAAGAAACUGUGUUUAUGUAUUUUACUGUCUCUGAUUCUGUUGAAAGUGUUUUACUCUUCAUCAGAUGCCUUGAGAGAGAUCGGCCUGUGUCGUUAAAAGAGGAAAAACCUCCUGUGCUGCUUAGGAAUAUUUCAGAAAGUGGGAUUUCUUUCUUUAUUAUUAGCUGAGUAUUUUAUGAAGUAGUGAUUUCUGUUAUUUUACAUCAGGCCUGAUAAGAAGUCUCACACUUUUUUCUCUUCAGGCUUUGUUCCCAUAAGGUUCUGUGAGAAUCCCUCCAGCAGUUUCUCAACAGAGCUCAUUCGUCCAUCAAGGCCCAACGGUUCAGUUGAAUUCAAACAACAGGAAAUCACACACUCAUAGAAGUCAGUCCCCUCAAUGUGCAUGAUAAUUUUCAUCAAGAUUCGUGAAUGAUUCUCUUGGAAAAAGUGACACUAAUUCCUGGAUAUUCACCAAAAUUCAAUAGUUUCUCCCCAUUUGGUUUUUCUUGUUUUCUUACAAACAUACAAACCAAAUAGCAAAGCAGAGGACAGAGGUGACCACAGAACCACUGCUGGUUCCCCCUGAUCCUGAGUGGGACCUCUGACUCACUGGGUUCUUUCCUGUUGAAAUACUUCCCAUGUCCUUUACGCUUGUGACCAAAUCGUUAUCACCAUGCUUGCCCUUUGAACUGUUUGAUAGCACAAAGAAAAGCGCUGCUCGACAUGAAGAGAGAGCAGGUUCAUCAGAUAAACUAAGGCCCAGACAUGUUAGUUAUGAUAGAACUUCUGAGACCUUUUGUCACAUUGCUUUCACCGUUUAGCAGCAGCUUAUGUUUUUAUUGAGGCCGGAGCACAGUCCUAUUAUCUAGACUAGGUAAAAAACUAGAUUGUCACUCAGUAGAGUUCGUACUUCCUUCAAGGUCCAACUGUCCCUUUAUGAAACCUUAUUAAUGGUAAAUUCCUUGGUGGAGGGAUAAAGCUAUAAACAACCAUUUCCACAUUAGAGAGGACGAGUGAGGGUUAUCAAUUUGUUUUCAAGUACUAGAGGUUGAGUUUUGAAAAGCUGGGUUAAAGUUUCAUGACUUCUUGGAGGGGUUUAAUGAGGAUCAAGUGAAGAAUACAUCACAUCUAAGUGGCGAUCCAGGAAAGUCACUUUCUUUGGCUUUCUGAGACAGUUUUUGUCAUUUUCACUAUUUCUCAGAGGUUAAUUAAAGAAAUUGAUGUUUAGGGAACUGAUAAAUUGUGAGUGAGUAGAAAUUGGUGCAGCUUAAUUGAAUGUAAGGGAAGGUUGCAGGUCAGAGCUCCUGAGAGCCGUUGAAGUCAUUGAAUGUUGUUUAAUUGACCCCCUGCAGACACUGUGACUCAUCGUAUUUAGUGAACGUGUAAAACCGUGGGUUGAACUCUUUGAUUUGGUCUCGACCUCCGGAGCUAGCAUCUUGUGAAAAAGAUGACUGUCAUAGAUUUGACGUUGGGGCAGAAGUUGUGUUUUUAAACCGUUGACAGUGAAGAAGCUCCGUGCGUCAAAUGAAUAUUGAAAUGAACGAAAGACUGUUGUUAUGUGUUAGUGCCUCAUCACCAACAUUCAUACAGAUAAAACAUAUAUAAAUAUAUAUAUUGUCUAGACCAGAUUUAAUUAAGAUUCAGUAAUAGAAAGCAGUUUUAUCAUUUCUACUCAAGUAAAAGUCUUAAAAACUCUGUAAAUGAAUAUGUUAUGACUUGUUUUUUAGAAGUUAUGUGCUGCUCUUUCAUAGUUCCAGCAGUGGUAUAAC